UUUUACGAACUAUUGUAAUAUUAGGAUCAUUAUUCGAAUGUGUACAAUAAUAUUUGGCUAUUUAUUAGUUCCACAGAGCUUUUUAUUCCUUUUCACUGACAGAACACAUUAGGUCCUAGCUGAUAUUAUUUAUAGUCCCACUUGUUUUUCAGAUACUGAGGUUUAGAUUAAAACCGUUUAAGUCAAGGCACCAGUCAAACAGUCUAAUAAGAGCUUGAUAAUAAAUGAAAUGUUGUUAAUGGAAGGUUUAUUUUGUUAUCUUCAACAAAAUAAAUACAAAAUAAAAUAAAAUCACAGACCCCCUGGCUAUGCCUUACAGACCCCACUUUGAGAACCUCUUUGCUAGACCAUACACAAACAUUUUCUCAUAGCCUGUCAGUAAACACACAAAAUGACCUCAUUUACUUGGUGGUAAGUACUCCACAUGAAACUCUGAUGUCUGAUGUUCUGUGAACAUGGUGUUCAAAAGGUUUUUCACUGAAAAUCAGUGCAAGGAAGUGCAUACACAUGGAAAUACGAAGAGUCAAUCAGAUUGCAACUUUUAACAGAGGCUAUGCAUUAGGUGUGAGGAGCGUCUGAGGCUGACACUACAACAAGCCAAGCUGUGCCUUCCAUAGUUCAGACACUUCGAUAUUUCAGGGUAAAAACUUAGCUAUUUACAUGUAAAGUUUAAGUCAUUCACAUAUUCAUUUGCAGUUUAAAUAAGGCUACAUUCACAUUACUAGGUUGAAGUAACAAAAAAAUCCAAGAUCUGAUUAUUUCUGGAUCUGAUUUUUUUCAAAUCAGACCUGGGCCAUUUUUGUAGUUAGUCCUAGAUUGGAUACAUAUCCAGAAUGUACCCAUGGGACAGGAAUGAGAACGGUCAGAUCAGAGUUCAUGUGGCUAUUUCUCAACACAUAUGCACGUCAUCAUCCAGUGUCGGCAAUGGAGGACAGCAACAGCAGUAACUCUAUUCAAAGGAGGGAAGUGGAAAUUUACUUAAUUACUUGAUAUUUGGGGAGUCUAAGCAAAACUGGAAGGACCCUGCAGAAACCGAGUAGUGUAGUGAAACAGUUGCCCAAAAAAUCAAUGUGUCAGUGCAGUGUAUUUUUCGGGGACAGGUGCAUUCUUGUUAAAACAGAUAUGGGACACAUGGAGUUACAGAUUUUAUCUAUCAAGAUAGACAGGUCCGAUCUGAGCGAAAAUCCGUCUUUUUUUUGUUGAAAAAACCUAAAGUCCUUUAAAAUACUGUAGUAAAGAUGGUCUAAAGCAGUCAGAUGGGAAACCUGAUUGUUCAUCCAUGUACAUUUCAGACAGGUAUAUAAUAUAUGAAAAAAGUCUGGACAUAGAAAAUGACAUUGAGAGAAAGAACAGUGUAUGAUGGUCAUAGCUGAUGGGGCCAAAGAAAAUAAAUCACAAAGCAGUGUUCAGUGAAAGAAGAGAAGGAGACCAUGCUGGGAAGUCCAGCUGUUCCAGGCUGCUACAGGAGCACACCCUUUUUUUACGCCCCACUUGUGCUCAUCUCUCUUGUUCAAUGAUUAAUAAUAGCAUUUUCAAUGUUUUUUACCAUUGAGGCUGGUAAUUCCAGAAUUACUGUAAGAUAGCUUUGGUCUCCUUUCAAACAACUUCAUAACAAAGGUUUUAUGGCCAGCCAUGAAGUGUGGUAGAGACGUGAAACCUUAAGCUCACCAUGCUUGAGCAGCAUGGGCGCAGGAUUUGUGUUUGUGCCACAAUCACAAGCUGAAGAUCUAUGAAGAAGAACAUUAAGGAAUGUAUCACAGAACUGUAAUGUUUUCUUUUCAUACCAAAAUAUGACUUGAUUUGGGACCUUAGACAGCACAACUAUUUCUUGAUUAUGAUAUCAAAUCUCAUAAAAAGUGACGAGAUGUGUAAUGUCUCUGCUUCCUGUAAUGUUGAUUCAAACAUCGAUCAGUUCUUUCAGCCAGUGCUAUACAUUAUUGUUAUCAUCCUUGGCUUCCCGACAAACUGUAUGGCUCUGUGGGCCGCCUACUUGCAGGUGAAGCAAAAAAAUGAGCUAGGUAUCUAUCUGAUCAAUCUUUCCCUGGCUGAUCUCCUUUACAUAGCCACGUUGCCACUUUGGAUUGAUUAUUUCCUCCAACACGAUAACUGGAUCCAUGGGCAAGGGGCUUGCAAGCUGUUCGGCUUCAUUUUCUAUACCAACAUAUAUGUCAGCAUUGCUUUCCUCUGCUGCAUUUCUGUGGAUCGUUAUUUGGCAGUGGCCCAUCCACUCAAGUUUGCCAAAGUGCGUCGGGUCAAGACAGCUGUUUUGGUCAGUGCCAUAGUCUGGAUUAUGGAAGUUGUGGCCAACUCAGCACCACUCUUUCAUGAUGAGCUCUUCGCGGCCCGCUUCAACCGCACCUUCUGUUUUGAGAAGUAUCCAAUGCAAGACUGGGUGGCAGGCAUGAACCUCUACCGCAUCUUCCUGGGCUUCUUGGCUCCCUGGUGCUGCAUGUUAGCAUCAUACAAAGGAAUCUUGAAGGCAGUACGUGGCAAUGUUUCCACCGAACGGCAAGAGAAAGCUAAGAUCAAGAGGCUAGCCCUUAGCCUCAUCCUCAUAGUGCUACUUUGCUUUGGACCCUAUCAUGUGCUCCUGCUGUGGCGCAGUGUGCUCUUUCUCAGCAAUCCCUGUGACUGUCGGGUGGAAGAGUACUUAUUUACUGCCUACCACGUAGCCCUCGCAGUCACCAGCCUCAACUGUGUGGCAGACCCAAUCCUCUACUGUUUUGUGAAUGAAGGAGCUCGCAGCGACGUGAGCCGUGCCCUGGCCACCCUGAUGACGGCCUUUCACCGAGGACAAACCACAGACAUGUUAAUGGGGGGUUCCAUUACUAUAGAAACACCCCUGGCCAGCAAGAAACCAGAUCUCUAUGGAGAGGUCAAAACUAAUUCCUAUAAAACUGAAAUUGAAACACUGAAAGAGGAGUGUCUUCAAAUGACCAAACUUAGUGUUAAAAAGUGAAGCCAUGCAGUACGUAUGUAGGCACACAUAUGUCAAGAGAUCUUCAGGGAGCCUGAGCCUCAAGUUUCCUCACAGAUUAUGUCAACAAUGUUGGCAUUUAAAUAAAUUGUUAAUGUAAAACCCAGCUCCGUGAAUGUUAUACCAGAUGCCUUGUUUAUUACUGUUUGGAUAUUGUAAUUUGCAAUGAUAAAGUUUUCCCGUCCAGAAAUGAGUUAACACCUUACGUACCCCUGCUAACUUAUCUGUUAUAAACACAUUCCUUUAUUUAUAGCUCAUGCCACCGUGAAGCUCAAAGCAAGAUCACCAUGGCAGAGCUCUAGCUGUAACAAGUGUAAAACAAGUGUAAAACUUUUUGCAGUAAAUUAUUACUUCUUCCACGGUUAGACACAGCUUCUUAAGCAUUAAUUAGAUUUUUUUUAAACAGUUUAUACUGCACACACCAAAAUGGUAGUGGUCUUGUAAAAACCCUUUUGUAAAAAUUAUUUAUUGUUUGAGACAAAAUGCAAUUAUCUUGAGAAUCCCAAAAUUAAGUACAGUCAGCAUUUUACAUACUCUAUAAACCUGUCACUGAAAUGCAUUGUAGUGUAUUCUUAAAUCUGAAAUUAGAAACUGGAGUCUCAUGAAGAUAUGAAUUCAUGUGUCCUACCAUUUAUUCUUUGAUCUGGGACACAAAAUUUCAGUUUGAGUACUGUACUGUUACGUGUAACCUUCAGAGCAUUGUUGUGGAAGUAUGUAAAUUAUUUUUAAAGUUUAAAUCAAAGGCAGAUGAAUUUGCAUUUUUUUAAAUUAUUAAAUUUUAAUUUAAAACUACUAAUUUAACAAUUGGUUCAGUUAAUCGGGUCUUUAGAAUCCCCGUCAGGCUGAGAAUCAUGCGUAUAUGGUUAGAGUCGUAAUAAACCUUACAGUUUUACAUUUGAAAUACAAAUAAUAUAUGAAUAUUAUAUAACACAUUAUAUUUAAUCAUAUAUCUCUUAGAAUGUUUCUUUUACAAAGUUCGGACCUAUCAAACUAUUUGCCAUUGGAGUCUUUCAGAGUUUUUUCUAGUAAUUUUAAUGAGGUAAAAUGGCUUUUCAGAGAGGAGAAUAAAAUGUAUGCUCUAUAUAUGACUGUCACAAGCACUAAAUGUAAUGCAUCAGAUGAGUCUUAUUCAUUCCACUUAUUCAUUAAUAAUUGUAUUUAUUGUGGAUAAAGAUAUAUUGAAAAUACUAGAGUUGUAAUGAACAGUAGCAAAACACUGCUGAACUAAUGUUAAAAAUUGUGAUCAAGGUUUUGGAUGUCAAGCUAUUUCUAGGGAUUUUUUUUUUUUUCAGAAAAAAAGAAAAAAGUUUGGGGUUUGCGGUAACUGUUAUGAAAAUGUGAAUAUUCCAAAAGCUAAAGCACCUGAGGAAAUCAAGAAGUGUUAUAUUACCAAGGCUGGUGUAUGCUUGACAUUUGAUGUUAAUCUACAAGUUAUGUAGUUGUUAAAAUACAUGUGUCUUACUGUACACAUACAGUUGUCAAUUGUUUGUCUAUUUUCAGUGACCCAUAGACAUUCAUAAUGAAAUUGCAUCCAAAUAACAGACUUUGCACAUGUUUACAUUCCUGUUCAGAUGCCUUCUCGGAACUUUCCACUGUAAAUCAUGAAUGUCUUUUAUCACUUAAAGGUUUGCAACUGAACAGGGGGUGCCUAAUAUGCCAAAAUGAAAUAAAUUAUGUCCAUUCAAUCA